GCUCGUUAACGUUCAUGCUGUUGUCGCUGUUGCAGGUGCGAGGGAUCGUGAUUCUGAGCUCCGUUUGCGCCUCAGAGCUUUGGGUUUUUUUAGUGGAUUUUAGUAUUUUUGCCCUGUAUCCAAUCCCGCGUCGUCACCAUGAAUGCCCCCGAUCGAUAUGAGCGGUUUGUGGUGCCAGAGGGCAUGAAAAAAGUGGCAUAUGAGAGGGAUAUGAAGGUUAUGAACGCUGCCACAUUCACUGUGGAGCGAGAGGAUCACACCGUCGGAAACGUCAUUCGCAUGCAGCUGCACCGCGACCCAAGUGUGUUGUUUGCUGGUUACAGGCUACCACAUCCACUCCAAUACAGGCUUGUGGUUAAGAUUCAAACCACUAGUCAAUCGUCUCCGAUGCAGGCGUACAACUUGGCCAUCACUGAUUUGAUUAAGGAGCUAGAUCAUCUCAAAGCUGUCUUCGAGCAUGAAACAAGUCAGAAACAGGCAGAUUAUUACUAGGCUGGCCUCAGUACCCAAUAAAAAGCAUUGUAGACCUCCGAUCUUGCAACUCGUUUCGGAAGAGAAGGGCAUUCAGCUUGAAUUCCAUCCCAGCCUCCUUGUGAUCAUGAACAGAAGAAGAAAGUAAAUCUAUGUUCUUUUGUAUAGAAGGGAAGUGCGCUAAAGUGUUUGGUGAGUGAUUGAGGAAGCAUAGAUCCAAGUGAUGCACGCUCAAAUUCAGGGCUUAAGGAUCUAAAUAUGAACAACUAUUCCAGUUGGUGUUUAAUCAAGGCACUACACUACCCUAUUGAGCCAGAGUUUUAUAA